AUGGACAAUAACAGUAACAAUAAUCGAACAUCAGUUACUGCUAAUUCAUCUUCAAAUGCAACUACAACAUCAACAACAACAACAAUAACAAAUCCAUCUGCAUCCUCAUCUUCUUCAUCAUCUGCUACAUCAUCAUCAAUUCGACAAAGUCAUAAACGAACAUUUUCUGAAUCGGAUUCAUCAUCACGAACAGAACGUCAUUUAUGUUCGUUUUCACAUUUAUGGAUUAUUAAUUAUCUUUCAUCAUAUAUUGAUGAUUCGAAUUCUACUUGUCUUCAAUCGGAAUCAUUUUCACCUGUUAAUACACCUUAUUCAAAUACACGUUGGAGUUUAAAAUUAUAUCCACGUGGUUUAAAUGAAAAACAACAUACAAAUAAUAAUAUAGCUAUAUUUCUUAAAUAUGUUAGUGGUACAAUGCCAACAAUAAAAGCUAAAGCUGAAUUUAGUGUUGUUAGUCGUAAUAAUGAACUUGUUAUGUUACGUUCAACAAAUUUUCAUACAUUUUCAUCUGGAAAUGAUUGGGGUUAUUCAGAAUUUCUUGAUGGAAAUUAUUUAAAUUCUCGUCGAAAUGAUCUUAUAACAGAUGAUCGUCUUCGAGUUUAUGUUCGUGUUGUAUUAGUCGAUGAAAAAGAAACAACUACAGGUGAUUUACUUCGUCAUCCAAAUCAUCAUCAUCAUCAUCCAGCAUCAAUUUUACCACCACCACCACCGCCACCAACAUCAACACCAACACCAACACCAACACCUGCACCAUCAUCUCAACAUUCAAUUCAACAACAACAACAGCAACAAUCUAGUGCUAUACCAAAAACCCAAGCAUCAACAUCAUCAUCGUCAGCAUCAUCAUCAACAGCAACAUCAAUGAAUAAUUCAAAUCCAUCAAGUACAUCAACAACAUCAUCAACAAUUAUAUCCGGCUUAUUUACAGAUGAUAAAGAACGUUUUAAAUCAUUAGAACUUUUAUCAGGUCAAGUAAAAACACUUUUGGAUGAUGAACGCUUUGCUGAUGUACAUAUUCAUGUUAUACCUAAACAACAAACAACAACUCAACAACAACAACAACAACAACAACCAAUUAUUAAUGAUGAUCAUAGAAAAUCAAAUCGAAUUAAACAUCAAAGAAUAUCUUCAAAACAACAUCAACAACAUCCAUCAUGUUCAUCUUGUCAUUGUACAUCAGAAAAAAAUAAAUCUCCUAGUACAACUAAUGAACAAAUAUCCGAUCAUCAUGAACAGUCAUCGUCAGUUAUCUGCAAAGAUUCUGAAUCAGAUAAUUUUGAUUGUCGUCAUUCAACAAAUCUCUCAUCUCAAAAUUAUACAUCUUCUAGUUCAUCAUCAUCAUUUAUAACUCCAACAACACGUCGAACAACUCGUUCAACAACGUCAUUAUUAUCACGUAUUGCUCAAAGUUCAUCAUCGUCAUCAUCAUCAUCAUCGGAAACAAAUCUUUCAUCAUUAAGUUGUUCAACAUCAUUUAUUGAACCAUCAUCAUCAUCUGAAAUAUGUUCAUCGUCUUCCAUAUUAUCAUUAUCAUCAAAUAUAAAACGUUGUUCAUGUAUAUGUCACUAUCAAGAUAAUACAGAACAAGAUAUACAUAUGGAUAUACAACCAUCUCAUUUAAAAUAUUCUAAUAUAACACCAUUAGCAAUAUUUCAUGCUCAUAAAGCUAUAUUAAUGUCUCGUUCAUCAUCAUUUUCAACCCAACUGCGUAAUUCAACAAGUUAUAAUAAUAAAAUAAAUUCAAAAUUACCAUCAAUUGAUUUAUAUAUUGAUGAUCUUGAUCCACCAACUGUACGUAUAAUGCUUAUUUAUAUAUAUACAGGUCGUUUAAUAACAUCAAAUGAUGAUAUAAAAACAAAUAUAAAUGCUAUUGAUUUAUUUCGUGCUGCUGUUAAAUAUGAUUUACAUGAAUUACGUCAAUUAGCUAAAUCCACAAUGUUAGACGUAUUAAAAAUCGAUAAUGCUAUUGAAAUGCUUGAAGUUAGUGAUCAAGCUAAUGAUGUAUCACUUAAACAACAAGUUUUAGCUUUUAUACGUUCAAAUGCAUCAGCUGUAUCAAAAACAAAUAAUUGGUUACAAUUUUCUAAGCGUUACCCACAUUUAGUUAUUGAUGCAUUUCGUUCACUUGUUACACCACCAUCAACAACAAAUACAAAACAACAUAAUAAUAAUGCUAAUAAUAAUUUUCAUUCAACAACAUUAACUACAACAAGUAAACAAUAUUCAAAAUAUGACUAA